AUGUCUAACAGUAACACUACUCAGGAAAUAAUGAAAGAAUCAGAAAUAAAACUGACAGAAGAAUCUGUAAACGAAAGUAAAUUUAUAUCCAAAACUCCAAGUAAGGAAGAAGUAGAGAAGGAGGGUGAUGAGAACAGUCUUCCUCAGAAGACACAGAUACAGACAUCCAAUCAUGGCCAUGCCAGGAAAAGAGCCAAGUCUAAUUCCAAGCUGGAGCUGACGUGCAGUCUGUCAGUGUGUAAAGAACCCUCCACUCCAUUUGUCGAUGGGCCACUAGGCAACGAGGUCAUAAUUCAACUGCAGAUCAGCUGCCCCUCUGACAAGGAGGAAGAAAAGUCCACAAAAGAUGUCUCUAAAAAGGAAGGUAAGAACAAAAGUAAGAAAAAGGUCCUGAGGAAGAUGCUACCCAGUAACUCCAGCCAAGACCAUACUGACUCCACUGGAAUAGAUCUACGUGAAUUUCUUGUAAGUACAUUUAAAAAGAACCCAAGGGAUAGAAAGGUGCUGCUAAAGUUAGAGCAAGAGAUUCUGGACUUCAUCAAUGACAACAAUAACCAGUUCAAGAAGUUCCCUCAGAUGACCUUAUAUCACCGGAUGCUAUUACACCGGGUAGCUGACUAUUUUGGGAUGGAUUACAGUGUUGAUGAAACUGGGAAAGGUGUCAUCAUCCACAAAACCAGCAGCACGAGGAUCCCUGAACAGAGGUUCUCAGAACAUAUAAAAGAUGAGAAGAACACAGAAUUUCAACAGAGAUUCAUUCUCAAGAGAGAUGGUGCCAGUAUGGAGCAAGAUGUUAAGCAGAUGAGAGUUCCAUUGCAGGAUAGAAGGAGGAGCAAGUCAAUAGAAGAGAGAGAGAAGGAAUAUCAAAGGGUCAGAGAGAGAAUAGUUGCCCAAGAGACCAGCCAGAAUGAACAUCUAAAUGAUAUCCAGGGAAAACGAGAAGGGCUGAGCUGUACCUCAAGCAGCCUACAGGGCAGCCCAGCCAGGAAACUCAAACUCCUUGGGUCACGGCCUUGGAGUAGCAGUGACUCAGAUGGCUCUGCCAGAAGUAGGGGACCGAAUUUCACCAAAGCCAGCAACUUCAGUGGAAUCUCCAUCCUCACCGAAGGUGACAGCAUUGGCAGCAGUAAAGGCAGCAGUGUAGGCAGGCUCUCCAGGCCAUGCAUGGCACUAGGUGCACCAGAAGUGUGCAACCAUGUCACCUUACCCCAGUCUGUCCAGGGCCUUCUUCCUUGUACUGCCCAGCAGCAGCUGCAACAGCAGCAGCAGGAGGAGAUUUUCAAUCUCCUACCCACUCCUCAACAACAGCCACCCUUGAAUAAUCACCUGACUUCACAGGCAGAAGAUCUCAGCAACUGCUUUGGACAAAUGAACCUUAGCCACCAAGGUUCUACUGAAGCAGCUGACCCAUCCUCAGUUUUGUUCCAGGCCCCACUUUUCUUCUUACAUCCGCAGCAAGCCAGCUUCAUCAUGGCUUCUGAAGGACAGCCCUUUCCUACUUCCAACUACUCCAUUUCUAGCCAUGCUCCACCUACCCAGCAAGUCCUGCCACCCCAAGGCUACAUGCAGUCCCCUCAACAGAUCCAGGAUUCUUACUAUCCUCCUGGACAGUGGGCAGUGACUCACAAAAUGUGA